GACCUAUGAACUAUUAUUGUACGAUUUACCAUUCAUGAAUUGUUCCCUAUCUGUUAAUCGCUACCUCCCUCAUUCACAGCCAUUUCUGGCUAAUUAUUGUACAAAUGUUAUUUUCUAUUUUGUUGAUACGUUGUGGUCGGGUUGAUUGGUAUAUAAACAGAGUAUGCUUGAAAUACAAUGAUUUAUAUCUCAGAGGCUGAGACUUACGUUCUGGACUCAACUGGCUGGGCUAGACAGGAAAGCGGGAUCAAUCAGGACUCUAGGCCGUUCUUACGUGUUUACGCAUCUUUAGUUCGAUCGAUAAUACGCUGUCCAUACAGUCCUUAUUGGCAUACCGGUUAUUUUAGAAUACAUAUGGAUCACGUCGUACAUUUGCAUGUUUCUAACUUGUUUCCUCAAACGUAUUUUUUCAGAAUUUCCUAUUAAUAAAAAGUGUUUUAGUCAUUAUAUGUAUGGAUAUAAUUCUGUUUUUUUCCUUUCAAUCACCAUCGCGAAAAAAUGGGUGACGUGUUUGAUUAAAAACUAAACUAAGGUUGAGAAUCUGAACCGAUUUCAUAAAUUUUAGUGGGUAAUUGAUUACAUUUACUACUAGGUGUGCUGUUUCAAUUAAGUUAAUUAAUAUACCUUGCAGUUUUGAGUUGUUUAAACAAGGAGAUUAAACUCAAAGUGGUUAUUCACCAAAACAAUAUUUAAAAAAGCUUUUCUUUCUGUAACCUUUAAUUAUGAGUAUGGCGUCAGAGAAGUUGUGGAAAAUUCCUCAAUUACGGUCCUUAGUAGCACUGACCACUCAAAAUCCCUACAAGAAAAUAAACAACCAAUCAAAUUUCUCUUAGAAUAAUCGUGGUGUCGAAAAUAGCUGUACAAAAUUUAGUUUGUAGAAAUCCAUUAGUUUUAGAACGGAUGAUGCUAUUCACAUGAAAUACACAGAUACUCGGUUUUAAUUGAAUGUUAGAUAUUAUUUGGUUUAAAAACAAGAUAAUAUCCAAAUGAAUAAGAAUCAGUUCAUUUUAAUAGAAUUUAGUUAUUCGUUCGAUUAAUCAUGUAGAUUUUAUGUAUGAUUUUAAUUCCUCACAAAUUGGUGAAAGGUUCAUGCUUUGACAGAAAACUAUUAGGUAAAAAACUGAGUUACACAGUAAAGAUAGAUUUCACUUAACAAUUUGUUGACAGGGUUUCAUUCUCUGAGCUACAUGAUUUAAUUGAUAAACUUUCGUUGUUCUUCUGAAUAACGUCGUUAGCGCAUACUUCAGGUAGAAAUGAGCUUUUCGAAUUUCUGCACAUAUAACUCACAGCUUAUGCUGCAGACCCUGAGUUUGAUUGGUUAUUAUUAAUCUGUAUCCUGUUAUUGAAUCUUUAUUUUGAUUGUCUCCCUCUUUGACCCCAUCCCGCACCCCGCGGGAUCGUGGGUGCGCACUGCUGAGGAGUCCCAUACUAGGACGAAACGGCUGUCCAGUGCUUCCAGGUUUCCAAUGGUGGUCUAACAUCAAUUAAUUCAUGAUCUCAACCAAAAACUUAACAAUCUCCACAACCCCCAUACUGAUGAUCUGAGUUCCAUCAAUAAUCUUGUUGUAACUUCUGAUUUGUUCUUUAUAUAUCGUGGGAUGAUCCGUUUGUUGGUUUUUUUCAUUCCAUUUGGUUUUUGCUGUUGGGUUCGAUUGAUAUUUUUUCGAGUUGGGUGGGUAGCCGUCCUUUUCAAAAGCAAUCAUCAAGUAUUUUUCCGUGCAGCGUUUUCGCUCUUCAGGAAUUUGUCUACAGGUGUUUUUAUGAGUCAUUGGGUCGUUGUUAUCGUAGAGUGUAACCAAUGUUUUGUAGCAAUGAAAAUUCUAUAGGGUGAUAACCAUAACUCGGAAUACUAUCCUUUACUGCAAAGAAUAACUUGGGAUGUUUGGGUUAAUUAUUUGGAUAAAAGAUGUUAUUUCACCGUUAUUUUAUUGCUUUUUUAUUGUUAAUUGUUUUUUAAACAAUCCUGAUUGGCUGGCAAGUCGCCUUAGGCCGUUAUUCCUUCUUUUUUCUACUCUACAAAUCUAACCAUCGUCAUUAUGAAAUAAUUUUCUGAAGGAAUUCUCAUUGAAAUCAAUCGAUGCCCCACUGUUGUCAUCAUUCUCAUUAUAUGAUUGUUUCUGAGUGUAAAUUGGUUGCUACUUUGUUUUCUAUCAAGCAUCUUAGCCACUAAUUAAGGUAUUUUCAGUAUUUUGGUAGUAAAACAACAUUUCACUACACCUUUACCUUGUUUACCAAAAAAUCUACAUUACAUCACAUACGUACCUAAUGUGUGAACUGACAAAAAUGUUAACAAAGUAUUUUGGAUUUCUCCUUUGCCAUUACUUAAUCGUUAUUCCAGAAGAAUACAAUGCUUGAUUUUUUUUAAAAAAAUAUAAUUAUUUUCUGUCGAUUUCUUUUCAUUAUCAAAGGCUCAUUGUAUUCGUGGUGGUUGUCGUGAAGCAGAUGGUUGGUGUCGUGUAUUAUGGGGUAAAACUGCCAGACUUGCUGAUAAAUAUUGCUUUUAUGAAAAUGAAGUAAAGAGUAAAAAAUCUAAUGUCGAUUCUGUAGCAAAUUGUGGCGUACACCGACCAUUAUCUAAAAAUCGAUGGGAAGAUGUAAAAACGUGGACAGGAAUAGCUUGUGAAACAUGGUAAUUUUGGUAGUUCAUCAUAUUCCUUUUUUCUUAUAAUUCGUUAUUCUUUUUAAUUGGUUUUGCUGUAAUUUAAGAGUAGAUUGGUCUUAAAAAAUAUAUGUCAGAGAUUUAGAACAAACUUGUAGGUCGUUUAUUCCUACGGAUAUGAAUAUCAUUUAUUAAGUUCCAGAUUCCAUUUGAUCAGUUUUCGUCGCUUCGCUACUAAUGACUACUUAUAAGAAUGUCUCGAUUUCGGUUUUAAUUGUAACUUUAUACAUAAGCAAGGUGGGGAGUACUGUGGUGUCUUUUAGGAUUACCACAUUAUUUUAUGACUUAUGUCCUCUCAAAAAUUAUCACGUGACAAAACCACCCAUCAGAGUACCGAUUUCUAUGAAUUUGUCCCUGAACUAAACAAUGACAAGUUCAUCUAUUGCGUGAUAUAGUCCAAUCUUCAUCUUUUGAGUCACUUUGUGACUCAAAGUGAGAAUGCAUAAGCCGACAAACUUCUAAUUGAUGUAAAUGAAAUGCUGCGUGAGAUAUUUGGAAACUGUUUUCAGUGGUAUAAAUGAAUAUAUUCUUCAUUUUUGGUAUAUAUUACAAUUUUAGAUAGUAGCAUAAUAUAGGAUACGUAUUUUUGACACUAUUCGGAAGGUCAUCAGUUGAAUGUGCUUGCGUUUCACAUUGAAACUCAAUCUCCCUACCCAUCCCUUCAUAUCUAUGUUUUGGAUUUCUUUUCUAACUUGAAUGUUAAUAUAUACCAAAAGUUUUUAUUUGUACAUGAAAUCAAGUCAUCCUCACUCGAUUUACAUAUUCCAACAGAGUCAUAAGAUAAUAGUCCUAAAUCAUAACAUGAGGAUAAUACAACUCUUCACAAACUUAUCCCUUAUGCUUUAUCAUUUUCACAAUCAUUGAUACCACAAUUAUUUCGAAUAUUUAUUUAUUUAUAUGAUUGAUUUUCUCUUUUUGUAUGGUGAUAUACAAUGAACCAAGUGUCAGUAAUGUCCGUAACCAAAGUAACCAAUAAUAUGUUACUUUGAGCCCCCACCAUUUUUACUCAGUACUACCUCGUUCUGAUCACCCUUUUAUUUAGCUAUCAAUCAAUAAAAAUUUUACUCUUAUAAAUAUUUUGCUUUUCGUAAUUAUUCAUCUUUGCAUUUCCAAUUGCUAUUUGGUGUGUGUAUUUGGCUCUCAUUUUCUGACGAACUAUAUUUGUUUUGUACUGAUUACAGUGAUUCACAUAUGGGAAGCAGAUAAAGUAUUAAAAAGUAGUUUUACUGGUUUUGACUUCAGUUAAUACAUCUAGACUGUGUGCUUCGAUAAUAUAACAGAACUUGUUUUAGGAGCAAACCUACGGAGAAAAUGAACUUAACAAGUUUUCGAACAGAAAUCUGGUCGAUGGAUGACAUGUAAAAAGUGUUGAAUUCCCCUUUCUUCAUUUAACAGUGUGUAUCAUUCAAUCGAAAUUUUAAGUGAAGAAAUUUUAUUUGUUUUGUAUCGUUCGGAAUAUAAUAAUACUAACAAUUAUUGUUAUUAUUAAAGUCUUCAUUGAAAUUUAAUCAUUAAUAUCAGCUAAAAAAUUCUAUAUAUCCUUAAAAGGCAUAUUAUUUCAUUUGUACUUUUUACCACUUUUCUUCCUGUUGUAUUUGUGUGUCGCUCAUUUCCAAUUUCUCGAAAAGAAAUUUCUAAAAAAUGCAUGACGUAACUAGCAUAAACUACUGUUUGAUUGAAGUGAGUGGUUUAACCAUCUAAAUAAUUCACAAUUGUUAGAUGCCUAAGAUUUUGGUGAAGCUCUGUUCUCAGAGCUGGAUGGUCUGGUCGUGGAACUUUCAUCGUUCUUCUGAACAACAUUAUCAGAACAAACUUCAGGUAAAAGUGAAGUGUUCGAAUUUCUCCACAUAUGACUCACAUCUUGCCCUGCAGACCUCGACCUUGAUUGGUUAUUUUUGACGUUUAACCUAUCAUUUUCACUUCUUUGUUUUGAUUGUAUUUCUCAGUGAUUUGAUUCUUGGUCCUACAUUUAUCUAUAAUUUUUUUGAUUGGUUGAUAGAAUGGAUUGAUUUCACUGUGUUUGUCGAUUGCUCAUCGACCUAAGUGGCAAGCUUAUAAAAGUUCUCUGGCGUUUAUAGAAAUUCCUCUAUCCAAUAUCUCAAUAUGUUUUCUAGUCGAAUGUAUGUCCACAUUCAUUGAUAUAAGCGAGGAUACGUCAUGGCUUUUCUCCAAUAAUUGAUGUUCGUGCAGGCGAAGAUGAAGGAGGUGUCCACUUUGUCCGAUGUAGUGUUUUUCGCAGUUGGGGCAACUCAUUUCGCAGACGAUGUUCGGUCUUUCUUCUUUUGUCAUUUCGUCCUUUGGUUUGCAUAGGAUUGAUUGAGGCGAUUUUGUUGGUUUGUGUGCUACAUCUAUUCCAAAAGGCUUCUACAAUCUCAUUUCAAUUUCUGCCAUAUUCUUUAUAUAUGGCAGCAUGAUGCGUUUAUUGGUUUUUGUACUUGAUUUCGUUUUGCUUAUGCAUUUGGUUGAUAUUUUUUGAUUAAGUUGAUUGGUUAGCCGUUCUUUUGAAAGAUAGGCUUUAGAUAUUUCUCUUCAUUUUCCCUCUUUACAACUGUGUUGCAGUGUGUCCUCGCCUUGUUGAAUAAAGUAUGUACGCAGUUCGCCCACCUGAACUACAAAUCUCUACCGUAUCUGUGAUAUAGAUUAUUAAUAAUGAUAUAUUUCGAUUGGUACAGGCUAUUUUUAUCUGUUAGGGAUGUUCAUUUUCUUCUCUAACAUGGAUAAAAAUUUGGUUGGGUAUUGUUAUGUCCCGAAAAGAACGAUGAAUGGUAAUUUUGGGAUUCAUUUGUAGACCAGUACUACACGUAUAUUUUUUAUCGUAUAAUUGUUAAUUAACUAAACUAUUCAUAUUCAUGUCUCUCUUAUCAUAAGCUUCAUUUUAACCUAUGAACUGUUAUUAUACGAUUUUCCAUUCUUGAAUUAUUCCCUGUCUAUUAGUCACUGCCUCCCUCAUUCACAGCCACCUCUGGCUAAUUCUUGUACAAAUGUUGUUUCAUAUUUUAUUGGUACGUUGUGGUCUGUUUGAUUGGGAUAUAAACUCAGUAUGUUUGAAAUAUAUAAUGAUUCAUAUCACAGAGGCUCGGAUUAGUAAUGUGGACUUAACUGGCUGGGCUAGGCGGAAAGCGGGACCAAUCAAGACUCUAGACUGCUCGCAGGUGUUUUACGUGUCAUUGGUCCAAUCGAUAAGUCACUGCCCUCUAAUCGGCGAUCACAAGUUAUAAUAGGUAUGAAAUAAAUGUUAGAAUGUUCUGUAAAGAUAUAAGAGUAUGUAGACGAACUUAACAGGAUCUUAAAAUGACAGCGUGAUUUUGAAGCCACUUUUCAACCAAAAGCCGGAUUGUUUGUAUUGAUCAAACUAUAACACAACGGAAGGAAUUAAAUCUAUUAGAGUUUAAUGGUCAGGUAUUUAUCAAUAGGAUCAAGGGGUAAGGGUUAGAACUCUCAUCGUAAAUUGACAUCAGUUAUUAUGAAAACAUGCUCUAUAGCCAUAUGGAUUGGUGAAUUUCGUCCAAGAAUUCAAGAGGCCUUAUUUGAUUAGUUCUUUUAUCAACUGUUAUUCCAAUUGGUUAAGGUCUGUUUCAAGAUUGGGUUUGGAGUCAAAAUUUAGGCUUAGUGCCGACUUCCCUGUUCUGUACAAUCUCAAGAGACAGAAUCAAUUAUUUGAUACGUUUAACAAUGCUAAUUUCACUCUUUAGUUCCAAAGAAUCACUUCUCAUUAUCAUUCUGAGCAGUAUACAAAAGUAUUUCUGCUUCUCGUUAUUCAUGAUUUUUGAAUUUCACACAAAAACCUAGAAGUCAUGUUCUCAAUCAUGAUUAAUUUGCCUUCAAAGUAUACUCAAACCGAUAAAAGUCAUCUAUUUUUGAAUUCCAUGUUAAAACUAGAAAGUAAGCUUUUGGAUUCGAAUUGGCCCACCCCUAUAGUGGAAAUACCAUUCUCUACAGAACGAAGCGUUAUUCAUCUCCGUGCAGGUCAAACAAUGAAUGUAGUGGUGAAUUGUUUUUCUCGCUAAGUGUUUGUGUCGAAAACUAUGAGUCAUACCAAUUUGUCUAUAUCCACCUUGUUUCCUUAGUUUUGCAAUAAGAUAUAUGUAAAUCAUUGAGGCUAUAUUGUUAUAAGAAGAAUAGUACAACGGUCACCAGAUCAAGCUUUCAAUAUGUAUCUUGGCAUUUUGUGUACUGCUACUACUAUUACUACAUUAAGUUUUGUGUCCAAAGUCAUUCAAGGCUUGAAAUCCUAGAAAACUAUGAUUUAAUCACGUUCUAUUUUUCUUUAGACCGAUAUAUUUGUUUCAUCACUGUAGGCACGAUCGUAUAGUAUCAAUAAGUGAUGUCGAAAAAAAUUCUUCGUUAACUUGUACUUAUUUCAUAUUCAAUGUUAAUUUUAGCUUAUUUCAUUUCUCCACCAAGUUAGAGAAUUUUUUCUUUCAUUCAGGCAUGAUACGUCCUGUGGACGAUUAUGGUGUCAUCAUCAAAAUGAAAAAGCUAUGCUUCUUGGUUGGAUUCAGUCACAAACACGUGUUAUUCACUCAUCUGGUCGAUCAUGUUCUGCACUAGUUUAUGAUCCAGUUUGGCCAGCUUCAGAUCCUACCACUUGGGACGAGAACAAAUUAGUUCAAAUUAAUGCGAAUGGUGCAGGUGUUGGACUUUAUUCAGCAAAUACACAAGAUGCUGGGAUGGUUCCUGAUGGGACACCUUGUUCUCGAGGCGUAAGUUUAAUAACGUUAUAAUAAUAUCUUUCAAAAUACAAUUAUUACUAUUAACUGAAGUUAUCCAUAGAUUUACACAUUCAGUUGUUUGAAUGUUAUUGAUUCAAAAGUUAACCUUUCUUGUGCAACAUCACUGACCUUCAGGUUUGGGUGCCUACACGUAAAUUGACUUUAUCUUAAAUGAAUGCAACAAACUCCUUAACUUGAAUAAAGUUCUAAAGCUGGUUUAAUGCUGGGGCAAGAUCCUGUAGCCUCAAUAACGUAGUUUCUCUAUCACCAAAUGAAAAUUUGGAGUUCAGAUUAUUAAUACAGUAGAUAAUUAUCUUACUUGUGGGGUAUCUAUAUCUAGUAAGUACUCGUAAACCUUGAUAGACUACAAAGCUAUAUAUUACCAAGAGUAUGUAUAUGGUACUGGAGAAAGAGGGGAACAUUCGGUUUGACGACUAAAUUAUGGAAAUUUGUAUUAUUUUUACUGAUUACUAUUUAGCAUCCAAAUACCUUGGUAUUGUCGAGAGUGAGGAGAUUCCAUUCGCAUGCAGUUUAUAACCUCUAUCAGGUAAGUCCUACCUAUUAUUACCUUCACGGAACAGGAGUUAUGUUUCUGUAUAUGAAGUGUCAUGUCCGAACAAAGAAUAAAUGAAUUGUAACUGCUGGGAAUUGUUUAUGGACUAUUACUACGUAUAUUCUUAUCAGAUAAUUAUUAUGUAACUAGAUUACACAUAUAUUCAUAUUCUUUUUAUCAUAAGCUUUCAUUUGACCCAUUAGCUACCAUUGUACGAUUUACCAUCCUUAAUUUAUUCCCGAUCUUCUGUCCACAAUCUUUUAUACUGAGCCUCUUUUGGCUUGAUCUUGUAUAAUUAUUAUUUUUCACUUGAUGGUGCGAUGCGGUCUAGUCUUCUUGUAUAUAAACCACGUAUGUCUGAAGCAUAUGAUUCAUACAGCGGAGGGAGAUAUUGUGUUCUGGACUCAACGAGCAGGGUCAAGCGAGUUGACUGAAGACUGCUAGUGCUGGUUGGCGUGUGACUGGUUUAGCACAGAAACAAUGCCAUAGAAGUUGGUAUUUUGAAUAUCGAUUUUGACAUGAUGUUUGACGUACUUCAGGAUAUAACAGUUUUCAGCCCAUAUAUCAAUAUAUUUGUAUGGAUCGAAACAAUUUUUAUCGAGAAAGAAUUAGGUGUAUAGAAAACUUUUGAGUGAAAUAAGAGUAAACGUUUUAGUGCGUUUUUUAAAUCAAUGUUGUGAACGUGCAAACAUAAUCUUAUUUCUGUAUUUUACAGUAUUCUUUACAUCCACUUUCGAUACAUCAAAAUUAAGUUAGUUGGUAAGGUUGGGAAUUCUCAUUGACUCCUACCUCUUCGUGCAAUCCUGGCUGUUGUAGAAGUACUUUAGACGAAAGCCGAGGGGACAUCAAUCUAAGAUGUGAGAUCAGCCCACAUAGUCAUUGGUCUGAGCCAUGUUUACAAGUGUACACUAUCAGAUUGGAGACGUUUUGUGACCUUUUAUUUAAAACCUAUCAAAACAACCCUGAUGUAUUCGUCUUAACAUUUCUCUAAAUCAUAAAUUUUACUACUCUUUCGUACAUAUUUUUAUUUCCACAUUUUCGUACGAUAUUCUCAGUUGUUAUUCUUUCUUAUUACUAUUACUACGACGUGAUUUACCCUCCUUUCCUACUUAUUUUGUUAAUUUCAUCGCGUUGUGCUUAUAUAGUAUUGAAACUUAGGUCAACCCGCAUAUGUGCCAGUUUCUACGUUGAUUGUAACUGACCGAAAAAUUUGAACCUAAACACUCAGAGAUGUGUUUUUUUUUAAUCACUCAGUUAAAUACCUUCAUAUAUACAUAUUUACUUGGAACAUUUCAUUCUAAGAUUUUGUUAUGCCCUUAUUUAUGUUACGUUAUCUCAGCUCAAGAUUCAUUACCACGAUAUGACUAUAUUCUAACAGAUGUUUCGGCAAAACCAUAAUUUGUAGACUAACAAAUGAAAUUAAAGAUAGCAAGUCUUGGAUUUUGGUGCCAAGUUCAUUUAUCAAUAUGGUUAAACAACAUUUUGAUGUUAUAGCUAAUGCCAGUUCGCAGUGAAAACCCUAAUCCUAAUUUACAACCCAAUUUCUAACUCUGCAUUCUAUUUCUGAUUCCUUACACUAAUCGAUAAUCCACUUUUGAUCCUAUUAAGUUGGUGAGUUUUCUCAAGAUCACUUUAUCUUCGCCAAAGGUCGCCCAUAGGUUAAAAUCUCAGCCACAAAACUAUAUCUUAUGUAAUUUCAACGUUUUGCCUGAUUUAAACUUGAAUAUUACGGUUUUGUAAGAGGUAUAAACCAAAAAUAUAAAAAUGAGCAUGAUAUUGAUAACUUGGGUAAGAGGUGAAUAAAAAGAAUUCAUCAAACCCAAUAGAAAAAGUAAUGAUGUUUUUUACACCAUGUUGGUAUACAAUGAUAAGCAAUUGCUUUGUUACAUACAUUAUAUAUUAUAUUUCAAAUGGUUAGUGCAACUAAAACCUUAACGUUUUCACCUGCGUAUCUAAGUCAGCCUGUAAACUUGAUGAAUAUGUAGUGUCCAGUUCUCUGUCAAGCCUACUUGAGUUAUUCAAGCUUCUAGACAGAUCAAUCUAUAUACGGGAGUCAUAUUUUUACCAUAUCGAUUACUCUCUUAUAACCUUAACUGUUCUUAUAUAAGGGCGUAUGUGUGUUUAUCGCCUACCCUUUUCAUCACAUGUCUUUAGCUUAUUUUUGUCUGGCUAAAAAUAGUGAGUCAAGCUACACCAAAUGGAUUUGGUAUACUUCCCUUAUCGGCUUCUUUCCCCCUGUCUUCCUGCUUCUUAUUUUAAUGUCUGAGUGAACAAAAGUCUGAAAUAAAUACAUCCGUAUUUAUCUUCUUAUUUACACCAUCUCUCAAACGGAGUUAUCCUAGGUCUAAUAUACGGAGUUAAACGGAAGAUUUAUGUUCAUGGAAUAUUUAUUCGUUCGUCCAAAUUGGAGUCAAAUCUCGAGGCACUGAAAAUCUUACUUUAACUGGUUAGGAUGUAUGUAUCCAUGUUGUGUAAAUUUGUAUUGAGCCAUUGUUUAUCAAGAUGUUUAAAACUGAACUGUUAUGUAUAAAAAAAAAAGCUAAAAGGAAGAAAAAUAUAAGUUAUUGUCCAAGUAUUUUAAAAAGUUAUUUCUAUUUUUAAUAAAAUGCGUUUCAUUAGCAUUUAAUAGCUAAUCGAUGUGAAUUCGGAUAUUUCCAAUUUAUAACACUGACUAAUUUGACUAGAACAUUUAGAUACAUACCUUAAUACUCUGUUUAAUGUAACAAUAUUUUUAGAUUUAUAACUGUAGAGCAUAAUGAAUAAGUUAUCAAAAACCAUUGUACACUGAAAUAUUUCCUGUUUUUUGCAAUAUUUCAUAGGGUUUUUUUUUCAAAUUACUGAAAACAAUGAAUUUCAUUAAAUUAAUACAUAAGUUCGUUUUACCAAGGAACUGUCGGUUGCAACCAUGCUAAGUAAUAUGUAGUCAACUCACGUACCAGAUUAAAGCCUUACGUAAUUAGCUUUGUGUCACACACAGCUCAAGACUGAGUGGGGUUCGAACUUGGAAAUAAGUAGCUGAAACUCAAAACCUCUCAACCACUGAGCCAUCGCUCAGCUUUUUAAAAUCACGCAACACUCGGCACUCCCAGCCGGUCACCCAUUCAAGCGCUAAUCAAGUCCAACGUUGCUCAAAUUUGAUGAUCCGAUGGGAUCGGGCAUUUCCAAAGUCAAGUAUAAGCUUUCUACAUUACAUAGCCCGAUAUAUAUAUAUAUUCCUUUCCAUACAUAUUGUUAUUGAUAUGCAUAGACUAACUUAUUCAACACAUUCCGCUCUGAAGCACCAUCUUCGGUGACCACCUGUUGUACGAAUAUAAUCACAGCAGCUUCAAUAUAAAGGAUUAUUUGGUAACGCUUAGAGGAGGUGGAAAAUGUGAAGAAGUGAUCAGUUCUCGACAUAGCACCAUGAUAUGAAAGUAAUACCUAUUUAGUGUCCUACAAAUGGUACAACCAAAUGGCUUAAGAUGUUAUGAGACAUACUUCACAAGAGAAGACAUUGACGAUGCUGUUUUACUUUUCCUCUACACUCUUUAUAAAAGUGGAACUCUCUUAACCAGGAGAAGUGUUUCUUGUUUGUAUUUUUAGCUGAACUGUGACUUCUAUUACACAGUUUUCUUGUUCAUUUAUUGUAUUCAUUUCCAAUUCAUUUCUUUACGAUGUCAUUUCCUUAUUUGUUGUGACCCUUAUCUACUAUUUUGGUGCCCAUUUAUACUUGCUUUUGUGUAUCAAGUAAGUAAACAAUUAAUCUGAGUUGACAUCAUUUUAUGGUGAUGUAAAGUACAUUGAAAUCAUAUUUAACAAAUGUAUCGAAAAGUGUAUUGGUUUUUUCCAAAUUCUUUUCUGAUUGGUGAUACAGUUGAGAAACUUCGUAAGUUCAAUACUCGAAUAAUAAUAUACAUCAUAUCUUAUGUUUAUUUUCUCAGAAGUAUUGACCAGAUAUCUCAUCCUUUGAUUGUUCUUUUCUAGUUUUGUUACAAUGGUACUUGUAAAACAAUCGAUAAUGUUCGUCCACUGUAUUCAUGUUAUUGCAAUGGUCAUGGCGUAAGUUUAUCGUUAUUUAAAUAUUACUCUUUUUUGAAAAGAAAAUAUUAUACAACAUGGAUCAUUGCUUGUAGAUAAAUAAAUUCAAUAUCGAAAUUCAUUAUUAUUAGUAAUAAUAUUAUUGCGAUUAUUUUAAAACUUUCUUUAGUCAUGUCAUAAAAAAUAUUCGCUUUCUUGUAGACAAACAAAUGAGAUCCUAAAAUAUUAUUUCACAUUGGACUAAGUAAAAAACAUCAUGUAAUCAUUUCUUUAUUGUGUUGUUGAUUUUCUCGUGAUAUGUAUAUCGGGAAAAAGACACUGGGUUUAAAUCCUAAUGUGAACAUCAACAAUAGGAUGCAGGCACAUACAAUCAGCCUACCAGCCUCAAAUAGGACAAAACACUCGUUCUCGAUUUCACAGUUAACCACAAUUUUUCAAUUCGGUAAAGCUCAUGAUAUCCAUGUUUCAAAUUAUUCAAGUAAGAGCAGUAAUUUUCCAUUAUCUAACGACAGGUGCCGUCUGUUUUCGAAAACAAUGCUUACUUACGCCUGUUACCACUCGUGGAGCAUAGGCCGCCAACCAGGAUUCUCCAGCUAACUCUGUCUUAAGCUCUCCUUUCCAGUUGUCUUCAAUUGCUACUUAUUAUUUUCAUGUCUGCCUCCAUGGUCUCAAAGUACAUGAGCAACGCUUCGUAGACGCCUAUGAUCGAAUACCAGUAACAUACGAUUAUCCUCUAUUCUAAAUGGCGUUUAACAAAAUAAUAAAGUAAAACAGAACAAACUGUUGCACAGUAAACUCCCCCCCCCUUUGGUCAGGAGACGUAUUUCUCACCUACGCCAUAAGUGAAGCAAGUUGAUAAAAGCCAAUAGAGCCUUCUGAAUCGGUUUCGAGAUUUAGUCAGAAGUGAACUAAGUAACGAGAAAACCAAAAGUAGGUUCCAGGAACAACUGAGGUCACAAUUAGGUAGUUCUGAAAACGAGGCUGACCCAGAUGUUGCUUGGAAAGAUGUACAAACAGCUGUGGAAACAGCAGUGACAUCUAUCAGUGAUUGAAACCACAGAGUUACAAAGAACCAGUGGAUUUCUUCAAGGUCUAUCACAUUGAUGGAUUCUCGCAAACUCAUCCCAUCGGGCCCUGAACACGAUGAAGAGCUAAAACAAAUCUGAUCUAGGUUAACCAAAAGUUUAAGGAACGACCGUGAGCAGUGAUGAGCAACGAAAGCAAAAGAGAUGGAAAAGGCGGCGACUGUAGGGAACACAAGACUGCUCCACAGACUAAUAAAAGAAACUGGAAUUAAUAAGUCAAGUGUAAGUGAGAUUAUUUCGGAUAAAGACCAUACUCUCAUCUGCUCCCACUCCAGACAUUUAGAACGAUGGGCAGAACAUUUCAGAGAACAGUUCAACUGGCCUUCAGCUACUCUACAACUACCCUCCAUUUCCAGACAGUGUGAAUGGAACAUUGAAGUAGGUCCCUCAACUCUAGCUGAAGCUCAAAAGACUAUAGUUAGUCUGAAAAGAGGAAUGGCAGCUGGUCCAGAUGGAUUGGCUCCAGAGGUCUUUAAGGAUGGUGGUCCAAUUUUAGCGAUUAGGUUGACUAAUAUUUUAGCUAAGAUCUGGGAGUUGGACGUAAUCUCAUCUGGCUGGUCGCAACACUUAUUAUCCCGAUAUAUGAGAAGGGGUCAAAAUCGUCCUAUGACAACCAUAGAGGAAUUAGUUUAACUAAUAUAGCAUCUAAAAUACUAGCUUCAAUAAUUAUUGGGCGCCUAACUAAGACUCGUGAAUUGCAAACAUGAGAGAAUCAAGCUGGCUUCAUACCUGGUCGUGGCUGCAUCGACCACAUAUUCACCAUUCGUCAGGUUCUAGAACAUAGGCAUACUUAUCGGCGUCCGACAAUGGUGGUCUUUCUUGACUUAAAAGCAUCAUUUGACUCGGUAGACCGCGAGAUUCUGUGGCAGUGUCCGUCAUUGAGAGGCGUACCUCAGAAGUACAUAAACCUUGUGAAGGCUCUUUACUCGAACACUACUAGUCGAGUCAGGGCUUAUGGCGAACUGUCAUCUGCUUUUGCAACCUCAAGUGGUGUCCGUCAAGGCUGUCCACUUUCUCCAUUUUCGUUUAACUUCAUCAUAGACCUAUUGGUGGAAAUAACAUUCUCGUCUACUGAGUUCUCGUGUAUUAAUCUCCUUCCAGGAGGUCCACUUAUCGACUUGGAAUACGCAGAUGACAUAGUCCUGUUUGGUGAGGACGCUGAUAAAAUGCAGAGUCUUUUGAUAGCACCGAGCAACAAUGUCAGAAUGUUUGGAAUGCGCUUCUCCCCCCCCCUUAAAUGCAAGUUGUUGCUUCAGGACUGGUCUGCAUCAACACCUGAACUAAGGAUAGGGAGUGAAGUAGUCGAACGCGUUGACAACUUCACUUAUCUUGGAAGUCUGAUCAGCCCUAAUGAGUUGGUGUCUGACGAAAUCUCAACACGGAUUCGAAAAGCUCGCUUGGCUUUUGCCAACUUGCGUCACCUUUGGCGGAGGCGAGAUAUCCGUCUAUCAAUAAAAGGACGAGUAUACUGCGCGGCAGUCCGUUCUGUUUUAAUUUACGGCAGCGAAACAUGGCCAUUAAGAGUAGAAGACACUCGUAAGCUACUAGUAUUUGACCACAGAUGCCUUAGAAAUAUUGCUGGCAUCUACUGGGAUCACCGGGUAAGUAAUAGUGAGGUUAGACGCAGGGUAUUAUGGAAUGAUGGUAAAUCAGUUGAUGAGGUUGUGAAUCUUCAUCGACUGAGAUGGUUAAGCCACCUAUUGCGUAUGCCUGAGCACCGAUUACCACGAUGUGCAAUGCUAAUCGAUGUUGGGGAUGGUUGGAAGAAAGUUAGGGGCGGCCAAACCAAAACGUGGCAUCAGUGUUUGGAAUCACUAACUUCAGGUCUGAGCCAUGUUGGUAGAUGCAGACUACUUGGUUGGGGUUCGCGUGACUAUCGUAACCAAUGGUUGGAGACUCUUGGUGACAUGGCUCGGAAUCGAUCACAAUAGCGUAGGUGUAUACACUCCCUGUCUUCCCUUAAACUAAGAGAUUAAAAUUACUUCAUAUCUUUCUUUCUACGAACUAAUUCUUUCUUCCUGUACUAUAUCCUUAUAUGCAAUCUUUCUCCUAUAUAUUACCACCUUUGACCUAACCACUCCUAUGAAUCCGGUGUUCAUCUUGCUGUGCUAAUGCGGUAUGGCAACCUGGACCGAUGCAUAUAUGUGCGUGGUCCUACGUUGUGACUGACUAAGACCAUCAGUACUGAUGAGACUCCCAAAAUAAGUGGAGCGGUUGAUGCGUUCGACUACUUCAUUCUCUAUCAUUAAUUCAGGUGAUAACGUAAACCAAUCAUGAAGCAAUAUUUUGCAUUAGGAGGGAGAGAACCACAUCCCGAAAAUGCUUGCAUUAUUGCUUAAGGUGGUCAGAAGAAUCUGCAUUUCGUCAGCUUCUUCACCAAACAGAACUAUUUCAUCUGCGUACUCCAAGUCAACAAGUGAAUCUCUUGAUAUAAGAUCGAUCAUUGAAAAAUCAGAUGAUGAAAGUGUUAUCUCUAAAAUCACAUCUAUGAAAAAGUUAAAUAAAGAUGGGAAAAGCGAACAACCCUGACGAACACCACUUGAAGUAACCGGUGCCGAUGACAGUUCACCAUAAACUCCGACUCCUCCAGUUUACGAGUGGAGAGCCUGUACAAGGGUUAUUUACUUCUCAGGUACACCCUUCAGUGGUAGACACUGACAUAGAAACUCACAACUAACAGAGUCGAACGUCGUCUUAAGGUCAAGGAACCCACCCAUAGUUGGACGUCGAAAAGUAUGUCUGUGUUCUAUAUCUUGCCAAAGGAAUAAUUUUUUCGUCUAUACGUCCACGUCUAGGUUUAAAAUCAGACUAGUUUUCUCGAGCAGGCUCUUCAUGAGCUCUGGUUAGAUGCCGAAAUAUUACUGAGGCUAAACACGUUAAAGUUUCACCUCUUCUAGAGUUUCCCCAUCAGGUGUGAUUGGGUUUGAUGCCCUCUGUGUUGUAUUUCAGUAUCUUCCUUUUUCCUUUGUGUCUGUUGAGGCCUACUACUGUAGAUGCUACUGCUACACUGGUUGUCUUCACCUGCAUUUGUUGCUGUGUAUGAGAUAGAACAGCUAGGUCAUCUGCCAAUUCCAAAUCGUCUAGUUACAUCCAAAAUAGCCAUCGUAUUCCGUGCUUCCCAUCAGAUAUCGAGGUCUUCAUAGUCCAGUCAACCACCAGAAGAAAUAGAAAAGGAGCGAGUAGGCAGCUAUUUUUGACUCCGGUUCUCACUUGAAAUACAGUUGUUAGCUGUUCUCCAUGCACCACUUUGUAUUGUAGUCCGUCAUAUGAAUUUCGGAUGUGGUUGACGAUCUUCUCAGGAAUACAAAGGAAGGUGAUGUAUAGUGACGAGUUCCACCCAAUUGAUUGUUCAAUGAUGAUCUGUAAUGUCGCGAUUUGGUUUGUGCACGACCGAUCCUUACGGAAUUUAACCUGUUGAUCUUGAAGCUGAGCCUCUGUUGAAUCUUUCAUUCGGUUCAGUGGUACUUUGUUGAAAACUUUUCCUUGUACCGACAGUAGUGUGAUACUCUAUAGUUCUCUCAUUUGCUGAAGUCUCCUUUCCAAUCCAUCGGCACUUGCUCUUCAUCUCAAAUCUUCCUGAAUAGAUUGUGAAGCAUCUUUGCAAUUGCUUCGAUGUCUGACUUCAGUGCUUAAGCUAGUAUGUUGUCAGGUCCUGCUGCUUUCCCACCCUUGAUUUGUCUGAUGGUCAUCCUGAUUUCUUCGAUCGUUGGUGGAGUGACAUUUAUAUGAAUGCCUGUGACUUGAGAAUUAUAACUUCAUGGAAUAAAAAGUACAAAAUAAUUUUAAAACUUUAGACUCUAAGUGAAUAUGAAUAGUAAAUACAUCUGCGCCAUUAAAAUCAAUUCGGAAACAAUGUUUUAUUUACAAGCUUUACUUUUACUUUAGUCAACAUCGAUUCAUUCGUUCAUCUUCAUGUAUUCUGUUGCAUCACAGAUGUUUUUGGCUGUAAUAAAAUAAAUAUUAACGGCUCAAAAUAAUCUUAAUUAAUUUCUGUGUCGGUUACAAAAUGCUUGUUACAUAAAAUUAUUAUUUUGUUAAUAUAAUGGUGAUAAUUAUCUAUCAUCGUCAUCAGUUUUGAGUCUUUUUUGAUAGUUUCAACAUUGGACUUGCAUUUGUUUAGCAACCUUUUCGUUUACCUUUUAGUUUAAACAGUCGAUUACUAAGUACCUCUAGCUUUUAAAUAGUCUGUAUAACUCAAAACAUUUAAUUUAUAUGUUUAUACUGUAUUAAGAAAAUUUGACACCAUUUAUUCUAUUGUUAGAUGGUUGUAGGCAGUUGGUAGGGAUCCAUAGACCUUAGUUUCAUACUGGUUGCCAUUCGUCAAGAAGGCACGCACACAACCUUGAGAAAAUCAUUAGGGAUUCAAACCUGGAUCAUUUAGUUUCACAAUCCUGAGGCGUUACUAUUGAGCCAUUUGAUCUACAUUUUCAUGCAUAAGCUUCUGUCGGUACUAAUGAUUAAACAAACAUGACACACUAGCCAUAUCUUAGUGAUCAGUCAAUGUGCUUGUUUUAUUUACUAUUCUAGCAUUGGGUGUUAUUAGUGAUUUCCUCUCGCACUUCGGUUCACCUUUAUCCAUCUUUUACCAUUGAAUUGUGUGUUUAAAUUCCCCUAUAUUUUUUUUCAUUUUCAAAUACCUUUAUUACAGAUUUGUAAUAAUUUAGGACAUUGUCAUUGUUCACCCGGUUAUAAACCACCUUACUGUGAAGAAGAUGGAGAUGGUGGCAGUGUAGACAGUGGGCCGCCUCCAAUAAGUAGGAUCAAGGAUAACACAUUACUUGUUGUAAUAUGCAUCCUUUUCUUUGUGAUUUUACCUCUCAUUGGAUUUGGCGUAUACUAUGUAUUUAUACGUUCUGGUAGAUGUUUAGUGAGCACAUCAAAGGAGUUUAUUCAUACAAGUAGUGGUUUACGUAAACCAUGUGAUAAAAAUUGUACAGAAUGCUUUUGUCAACUAUUCAGAAAUGACAAAGCCAAAAAUUCAAAACAAAGUGAUAGACUCGAAAAGCCGUACCCCUUACUUGCAUUCGCAGCCUUCGAUUCAAAAGUCACAGAGAAUAAGGGAUUCAUCAACGGUCAAACCAAUGGUUACUGCAAUGUCACAUCCAAUGGUAAACUAUCAAACGGUUCUUACAGACCAGUUAAACCAAAAACAGUCAGCUUUGAACCAGUGCCCUCUAAGAAAACAACUUCCAAUUUCAGUGGAGUCAAAACAACUUGCUCACAAAACACCUUGUUCACUAAUUUAUCAACAGAAAAUAGCACAAAAGCAGCAAACAAAUAUCACCGCACAGCUGAUGAAAGGUAAAAUAACAAAAUAUGGCUUGGAACACGUAUUCGAUUACAGAGUAGAAAAAUCCAAAGCGUAUGGUUUUACACUUUUCAAAUGGGAGAGAAAAGAUAAAAACUGCAUCAUCAAGGAAGAUAAUAAAGAAACAAUCCCAACUAGUCACCUGAAGUUUACUAAAUUCUAUAGUCAACAUCUCUCCACCGCUUUUGAACAUCACCAACAAUUACACUCGAACAGUACAUCUAUAAAGCCAACUACAUUCAUUUCAGAACCCCGACUUGAAACAAUGACUUAUGAAGGACCAAUGUGUUCUUUAAAUGAUCCAAUUAUAAUUAAUACAUUACAACGUAAAUCUAAAAACACACUUGAUAAUCAAUCAAAACCUGCUUCAUUUACUAAUUCUCAAUCAUCUAUUAAUAAACAAAAUUGUCAACAGAAAACAAUCACUAAUCAACCCCUUACAACGCAACCACUGACAACAACAGUUGUAACAGGUGGACGUCAACCACUUUCAUCGAAAGAUAUAUCUGAGCCAUUAUUACAAGCAACUACAUAUAACGAAAGUUUAUCGGAUCUAAAAACAGCUAGAUUGAGAUUAUCACAGAAAGAAUUUGAACUUUGAUUAUUAUUUUCCGUUAGUCGUCUGUCCGUUGAUGGGUUUCUCACAUUUAUUGUUUAGAAUUCUGAUCUAUUUCCAUUAAAUGUUGUUCUCUCGCAAUUCAUUCCAAUAGGAAAUGAAUAUAUUAAUAAUAAGGGAAAUAUCUACUAUGAGAAUUAAACAUUUACAUUGUAAGAAAUACACCAAUAUAGUUAUUAUUUUCAAUAAAUGUGAUAAUCUAGUCGUGUUGCUUUUUUUUGUGGUUUUAUCUUUAUUCGAUUUGGAUCGUAUUUAUUUAAAUAGUAAUGAUUCAUUUAUCAAUAUUAAUCGAUGAACUCUCUUGAAUCUCUUGAAAAGUUGACGUAUAGUUGGAUAUUCCAGGCCGAAUUCAACUCAGGCUGAUAGAGAUUAUUAUGUAAGUGAUUUUGUUUUUAUAAAAAAUAACCUCUUGUUUUUGUGUGUGUAUUUGCUGAUGUGAUGAAUUUCACUUUCUUGUUCUUAUAUAUCUAACACAAUUCGGUUGUAUACAACUAAUUGUUCUACUUAUCUUCCAACCAACAUUCAUUAUAAUAAUAUUAUUCUGGUGUGAAAUAACCUUCAUGUUCAUUUUAAAGUCCACUUUACUUAUAGAACUAAUGGAAACAAUAAUCAAUUGGUUAUCAGUGAUAUAGACAUUUAUAUAUUUGCUUAUGUAUGUCGUUAUUGUAUUUAUCUUAGAACUUUCCGCUUUUAUAGAUGACUACUCUUGAAUUCCUACUUAAUUUGAAUGUCAAAAUUAACGAUCUGUGACAUGCUACAUAUAAAAAUUAGUAAAAAUGUCGAUUAAAUUCUUGCCUCCCUACUUUUCAAAUAUUCCCUAAUUGCCUUUUUUGUUACAAAAAUAUUUAUUAUAAUAUAUUUAAUAAAAUAUUUUCAAGCAAUUCAAUGAGUUAUUACAUGUGUACUGAGUGAAAUGGUAGAAGUUAUAAGUCAACUAUCGUUAUAUAACACAUAACUAGUGAUGUAAAAAAGUUCAGCUACCAUAUUUGUUUAUUUAUUCUUUUUAAUUAUGAUGAUGAUACGUACUUCAUGCUCAGGUUUUGUUUUUUAAUCUUAUAUUUAUGUGUAAGCGGAAUUAAUUUACCUCUUUAGUCGCCUUCAUCAAUCAGCAGAUUAAAAAUAUAUAUAUAGUGUGAAAUCGUGUUUUGGUUUUUUUUUCUUCACUACCACCAAACUAAACGCAUAGACCCUCGAGAGUAGAAAUAGAAAAUAUUUUAUACCUUUUUCUCAAAUAAGUGUCUUUGUUGUCAACAUUGUGUGAUUUGGGAAGCAAAAAUGAAAUAUUGUCUAUUGUUUUUUUAGCUAUUUGUAUCCUUUAAAACAAAACUGAUUACUCUGGCAAGUGUUUAUUACAUUUAUUGUUUUGAACAAGAUCACGAAUACCACCAGUCUGAAAACAGAAGGAAAAAAAUACAAUGAGGAUGUUGUAUUAAAGUGUAUUUAUAGAAAAAUAAACACA